GAAUUUUGGGUUACAUAACACAACACACUCCCUUUUUCUCUCUUCAUCUCUCUCUCUCUGUAUGUGGCAGCAAUAUUGCGUUUUUGGCAUCCUCUCAUCAGAAUCUCAUUUUCCGAGGUCCAAUUAUACUUAUCCUUGCUUUAGGUUAUUUUUGAAGAGGACCUUGAGCAGGCCAAUCCAUGUCUUCCAUUAAAGGUUCUGCAGAAGGGCUUAAGAGUGACGGGGUUCAGGGUCAAGGGUCGGAGGUUCUCAGCAGGCACAAUUUUGAAACAGUGUUGGCUCAGAGAAAUUUCAAAAGCAAUGAUGCACUCAAUCAUGUGCAGGACCUUGACAUUAUGGAACUUCGUGCCCGAGCUAGGGCUCAGGAGGAGGAGAUCCUCUCCCUUAGGGAACAAGUUGCUGUUGCCUGUAUGAAGGAGCUGCAGCUGUUGAAUGAGAAAUGCAAACUAGAGAGGCAAUUCUCUGAACUAAGAAUGGCAGUCGAUGACAAGCAAAAUGAAGCCAUCACAGCUGCAUCUAAUGAGUUGGCCAAAAGAAAAAGCGAUCUUGAAGAAAAUUUAAAACUUUCACAUGAUUUAAAAGCUGUGGAGGAUGAGAGAUAUGUCUUCAUGUCGUCCAUGCUGGGGUUGCUGGCAGAAUAUGGUCUAUGGCCUCGUGUUACGAAUGCUGCUGCAAUAUCUAACAGCAUCAGGAAUUUACAUGAUCAAUUACAAUGGAGGAUUCGGAGUUCACAUGAUAGAAUUGGGGAGUUAAAUUCAGUGAUUGAAAACCAUGCUGAUAAUAGCAAUCCUGUUGUGGAAAGUCCAUUUGCUGGAAACCUGACCAGUCAUAUUCAUCAUAAAGUCAUGCGUAACAACACCCAGCGAAAUUCUUUUGGGAAUGAACAAAGUGCUCAACCAGUUGGCAAAGUGCCGGGAUAUAUGCAACCAGUUCCUAAUGGUGAUGCAAACUUGCCUUUAAAUAGGUUCAACUAUCAGGAGAAUCCCAUGGUUUCUAGGGAGGUAUCUCCUUUUCCAUAUACUUCACCUCCAAUGGAUAGAAUCGGAGAAAGAUCCCGAGAAGUUGCACUUAUCAAUGGCAAGUUUUCUCAACCUACACCUGACCAUGAAGAAACUGCUUCCUCUGUUUCUGAAGAUGGUCCUGGAAUUGAGAAUUUUCAAAUUAUUGGCGAUGCUGUACCUGGAGAAAAACUUCUUGGAUGUGGAUAUCCAGUCCGUGGAACUACUCUUUGUAUGUUUCAGUGGGUUAGGCAUCUCCAGGAUGGCACUAGGCAUUACAUUGAAGGAGCCACUAAUCCAGAAUAUAUAGUUACAGCUGAUGAUGUUGAUAAACUGAUAGCUGUUGAGUGCAUUCCAAUGGAUGAUAGAGGCCGCCAGGGGGAACUAGUGAAGCUUUUUGCUAAUGAUCAGAGCAAAAUCAGAUGUGGUAAGCUUAGUUGGCUUGCUUUGCAACCAACCUCUCCUCCUCCUCCCCUCCCCCCUAAAGGAGAAGCAUCGUUCAUUGUUUCUCUUUUGAUGGAAUCUUCUGAAAAUUUCGAACCAGCAACCUUGUUCUUAAGACGAUCAGGAUACCAAAUUAUAAUUAAUGAUACUGAAGCUAUGGUUGUUUCUGAGAAAUUCUCAAAGGAUUUAUCGAUUAAAGUUCCGCAUGGUCACACAAAAGAGUUUGUGUUAACAUGCGCAAAUGGAUCUUCUCAUAUUCUAAGCACUUACAACGUCCGAAUGCGCGACACAAUUGUAUUAACCAUGCGAUUCUACCAGAGUAAGGCGUUGGAUGAAAAGAGGAAAGGAAGAGUGUGACCUGUGAUUACUCCGGCCAAUCUUGCACUUUUGUGUAAGAUAAUACAAAAUAUCAAACAAGUAAAGAAAACUUUACAGUCUCAUUUAAUUAUUGAUUUAUUAUGAAUAUAUGGUAUUCAAAAUUUUCCCCUUCUUUAUUAUUAGCCUGUUGUAAAAGCACCAAUAGUGUAUUGAAACCAUAUUUGUAACCUGUAAUUGUAGAAAUAAAAUGUGUACCUAUCUGAAAAUGUUAGGUUACAUCUUUUUUGUGUUUACAGUGUAUGUGUAAUAAAA